AGGAAAUAGAUAUCCAGCAAUAAGUGGGCAUUGCUGGAAGAUGGGGGCUAUGAAGCCUUUGAGGCAUUGGCCUCAGCUGCUCUCGGUGGUGGCGAUUUGCCUCAUUGCCACCACCGUAGUGACUGCUCAAGUCGAUGAUGAUUUGUUGUUACCUAUCAAAAACCCUGAACUCGGUGGUGAUUUACCAAAGCAUCAACAUCACAAUACUUAUCCGCCGGUGGAUCAUCACCAUAAACCACCACAGUCGAAGUAUGGACACCACCACAAGCCACCACCUCCACCAAAAUACAAGCACCACCACAAGCCACCACCUCCACCAAAAUACAAGCACCACCACAUGCCACCCCCACCCAAACAUUACCACCACCACAAGUCACCACCUCCAUAUCUUUACAAGUCUCCGCCACCACCUCCCUACGUCUACAAGUCUCCACCACCCCCACCGUAUGUUUACAAGUCUCCGCCACCACCUCCCUACAUUUACAAGUCUCCACCACCACCUCCUUAUGUCUAUAAAUCUCCUCCACCACCUCCAUAUGUCUACAAGUCUCCACCACCCCCACCUUAUGUUUACAAGUCUCCGCCACCACCUCCCUACAUUUACAAGUCUCCGCCACCACCUCCAUAUGUCUACAAGUCUCCGCCACCACCUCCCUACAUUUACAAGUCUCCACCACCACCUCCCUACAUUUACAAGUCUCCGCCACCACCUCCAUAUGUCUACAAGUCUCCGCCACCACCUCCCUACAUUUACAAGUCUCCACCACCACCUCCUUAUGUCUAUAAAUCUCCUCCACCACCACCAUAUGUUUACAAGUCUCCGCCACCACCACCAUAUGUUUACAAGUCUCCGCCACCACCUCCCUACAUUUACAAGUCUCCGCCACCACCUCCAUAUGUCUACAAGUCUCCGCCACCCCCACCUUAUGUUUACAAGUCUCCACCACCACCUCCAUAUGUCUAUAAAUCCCCUCCACCACCACCUUAUGUCUAUAAAUCCCCUCCACCACCUCCAUAUGUCUACAAGUCUCCGCCGCCACCACCUCCCUACGUCUACAAGUCUCCGCCACCACCUCCCUACAUUUACAAGUCUCCGCCACCACCUCCUUAUGUCUAUAAAUCCCCUCCACCACCUCCAUAUGUCUACAAGUCUCCGCCACCACCUCCCUACGUCUAUAAAUCUCCUCCACCACCUCCAUAUGUCUACAAGUCUCCUCCACCACCUCCAUAUGUCUACAAGUCUCCACCACCCCCACCUUAUGUCUACAAGUCCCCGCCACCACCUCCAUACGUCUACAACUCUCCUCCACCACCUCCCUACGUCUAUAAAUCUCCUCCACCACCUCCAUAUAUCUACCAAUCUCCGCCACCACCUCCAUAUAUCUACAAAUCUCCGCCGCCGCCGCCACCCUAUGCUUACAAGUCUCCCCCACCACCUCCCUACGUUUACAAGUCUCCUCCACCACCUCCCUACAUCUAUAAAUCUCCUCCACCACCUCCAUAUGUCUACAAGUCUCCUCCACCACCUCCCUACAUCUAUAAAUCUCCGCCGCCACCAUCUCCUUAUGCUUAUAAAUCUCCUCCACCACCUCCCUAUGUCUACAAGUCUCCUCCACCACCUCCCUACAUCUAUAAAUCUCCGCCGCCACCAUCUCCUUAUGCUUAUAAAUCUCCUCCACCACCUCCCUAUGUCUACAAGUCUCCUCCACCACCCCCCUAUGUCUACAAGUCUCCACCACCCCCACCGUACGUCUACAAGUCUCCACCACCGCCUCCCUACGUUUACAAGUCUCCACCACCACCUCCCUACGUCUAUAAAUCUCCUCCACCGCCACCCUACGUCUACAAGUCUCCUCCACCACCUCCCUACAUCUAUAAAUCUCCGCCGCCACCAUCUCCUUAUGCUUAUAAAUCUCCUCCACCACCUCCCUAUGUCUACAAGUCUCCUCCACCACCCCCCUAUGUCUACAAGUCUCCACCACCCCCACCGUACGUCUACAAGUCUCCACCACCCCCACCGUACGUCUACAAGUCUCCACCACCGCCUCCCUACAUUUACAAGUCUCCACCACCGCCUCCCUACGUCUAUAAAUCUCCUCCACCGCCACCCUACGUCUACAAGUCUCCUCCACCACCUCCUUACAUCUAUAAAUCUCCUCCACCACCACCCUAUGUCUAUAAGUCCCCUCCACCACCUCCCUACAUCUAUAAAUCUCCUCCACCACCUCCUUAUGUCUACAAGUCUCCGCCACCACCUCCUUACAUCUAUAAAUCUCCGCCGCCACCACCUCCUUAUGUCUACAAGUCCCCUCCACCACCUCCCUACAUCUAUAAAUCUCCGCCACCACCUCCUUACAUCUACAAAUCUCCUCCACCACCACCCUAUGUCUAUAAGUCCCCUCCACCACCACCCUACGUCUAUAAAUCUCCACCACCACCUCCCUACGUCUACAAGUCCCCUACACCACCUCCCUACGUCUACAAGUCUCCCCCACCGCCUCCCUACGUCUACAAGUCACCUCCACCGCCUCACUAUGUCUACAAGUCUCCUCCCCCUCCUUAUAUCUAUAAAUCACCACCUCCACCAUCUCCAUCACCACCUCCUCCAUAUAUUUACAAAUCUCCGCCUCCACCAUCUCCAUCACCUCCUCCACCUUAUUACUAUAAGUCACCUCCACCUCCAUCCCCAUCACCACCACCACCUUACUAUUACAAGUCCCCUCCCCCUCCAGUGAAGUCUCCACCACCACCAUAUUAUUAUAAGUCUCCACCACCACCAUCUCCAUCACCACCCCCACCUUAUUACUACAAAUCACCACCUCCACCGCAUAAAUCCAAAUAUCCACACUAGAACACCACCAACAAAAGUUCACUAAGUGAUGGCAUUUAAAUUAUAUUAAGUUGUAUGAAUAAUAUUAGCCAACUUUCUACAUAGAAGGUGAAUUUGGAGGCGAUCAAUUUAAUUAAUGGUGUGACUGUUCCUGGAUCCUUUGCGAGUGUAUCAUUCCAGAGGAAUUGUUGUAUUGUUUUUUUGGCAUCCAAGAUCUGGAUGCUAAAUAUUUGAAUUCUAUCAAUUGUUGUAUUUGACUUUACAUAAUCCUUGGCAAAUUCAAUUCUUCUGGUUUGUGUUUAUCACUAUUUCAUUUAAAUUUAUGUAUUUUGAUGUUUAAUUGAUGAUGACGAGAUCGUAAGCUUUC